AUGAGAGCGCAGAUCUGUGGGCCGGAAAAGGCGGGGACGCACGCCGGAGACGGUGUUAACACAUUCCCAUUGGGCCAGCUGUCGUCGUCAAGACCUGCCGCCAUCUUGUCCGCCAUUUGCAAGUGGCCCGGAGCGGGAUCACGGCACCUGCUGAGCGGGUCGCCGCCUCUGCCGCGGUCCUCGGACCCCGCCGCCGCCCUGGCCUGGGAGCCUGCCCCGCCGCGGCGGCCGGCUGCGCAGCGCUCCGCGGGCGGCAGGCGCGGGCCCCGGGCCCCCUCACGGCGCCCAGCCGCGGGCCUCCCGGGGCACAAGCCCGUGGGCCGCCGCGAUGGCCCUCAAGAUGGUGAAGGGCAGCAUCGACCGCAUGUUCGACAAGAACCUGCAGGACUUGGUCCGCGGCAUCCGCAACCACAAGGAGGACGAGGUGAGCCCGGCGCGCCAAGGGGCGGCCCGGCCUGGUCACCGCCCCGGCCCCGGGCCCGGCCCUGCUCACGGGGCCUGCUCGGUCUGCAGCCCGCCCGGGUUCUUAGUUCGAGGUCCCGCUCUGGCUCCGGCCCUGCCUGCCCCGGGCCUGGGGCGCCGCCCACCUCCUCGGUCCCCCAGCCUCAGUUGAUCCCCGAGGGGGCGAAGGUCCUGGGGCCGCCCCUCUCGGGUCCGCGUCUCGGCCGAUCCCCGAGGGGAAGCGCUGCUGUAAAUGUAACGCUUUGGGCCCGGCCGAUGGGUGCCCUUCCCCUGGACCCUCCUUUCCCUCGCGCAGAGGGAGAUGCAGCCCGCCUCUCCUUGGCUCGAGUGACCCCUCCCAGGAGACUCGUGAGGUCGCUGGGCAGCGAUUCUCCAACCCGAGCGUGUUUCCGAAUCACCGAUUAAAAACGCAGGGUCCCGGCCGGGCGCGGUGGCUCACGCCU